AUGAUAUGUAUCAAUGGUGAUCAUAAUCAUCCUUUCAAUCCAGAUCAACUAGAAGCUAAACUAUUACGAGAUAAAAUCAAGGAACGAAUAAUAAGUGAAACAACAUCAAUUACGAGGAUAUAUGAUGAAGAAGUAGCUAAAGCAAAUCUAUCCAAAGGUGCAGUAGCAGUUUUACCAACUGUAGUUGAAUAUAGGUCUAACAUGAGUAAAGCACGACGAAAAAAUACACCUGUAAUACCAUAA